AUGGUUGCCUUCUGGAGACUGGGCGGAGGAAUACAGCAGUGUAUUGCGGAUACACUAUUUGGCUCAAAUCAGAGGCCUUCGACAACGGAACCGAGGGCUUUGGCUAAGAUGCGCGUACAUCCUACGUCUACAGGUCCAAAUCUUUUGGAUCUCCCCAACGAACUUAUCUAUGCUAUCGGCGCCGUGGCCGAUAACAGGGACAGCAGAUCCCUGUCAGCAACAUGCCGUCGACUUCAAGUGAAUCUGACCAGUGUUGUAUGGUCUCGAGUUAAACUUUCCAUCUCGCUAUGUGAAAUCUCUAACGAUAUCUACACUUUCAUCCCCUACCUUGGAGAGCACUACGAGCGACUUGGUCUCAUCAACUAUCUAUCUUGUGUUUAUGGAUAUAUAUAUGCUAAAGUGGUCCUGCUUCGUAGAGAGGUGACUAUCAACUUCAAUGACUGUGACACCAGACCGCCCUGCUAUACCGGUGAGCUACUACCGAUGUAUCGUGUUGCAGAUUUCAUCAAGGCGAUGACAUCGCUCAAAUCACUGUCACUCGACGUUCGAGCUCUCUCUACCGACAGAAUCAAGACAUUGGCCGAUGAACUCUGCUAUGGAUCUCGUAUCCAGCUCCGAUAUUUAGAGCUGAGGUGCAGAGACAACAGUCGAUACUUGAUGAAAUGCUUUGGAGAGGCCACAAAUCCUGGUUCUUUUGAGUCCAUAGCAACACCAGGGUUCUCUUCGCACGUUGAGAGCCUCUCCAUUAACCAGCCCAUGAGAUUCGCACAAUCGAGAUCGAUACCUAUAUCAAUAAAUGAUGACGAAAUAAAAUAUAUUACCGAAAGAUUUUCACAGCUCAAGUCGCUGGUAUUUCGGGAGUCAAUAUGUGACGAGUCUCGGUUUUUUCAUUCGUAUUCUACUGCCGAUGAGAUUUGUAUGUACGGUACGAUGCUGGGCUCGGUGUUAAAGGAGAAGCUACCCACCCUACAACGCUACAUUUGUACAAUACCUCUAGCCAAUCUAAGUUAUCUUGUGUCCCAUUUCUUCCGCCUCAGGCCUUUCAUCAGUCUGGUUACGGGAGACCAUCCGGCGCUGAACGAGAUGGUGGUUAUCAUCGGCCACAUGCACCUAAUUAGUUGGGGGCGCGACAGCAACCAGAUCUCUUUGAAAGAAUGUUUAGGACCGUGGCUCUUCAGCUCUAUUUCCACGUUUGACCAGACAAUGCGCGAAUCGCGGUUACUCAGUACGAUCCCGCUAAGCUCUGACGAAUAG